AUGCACGUCAAAUUAGCGAAUUUUCUGAACGAGGUUGGCGAGCCAGUGAGAUACGAGUGCCUGGAUAACGCGCCGACUAAAAAAUUCGUCUGUCCAAAUUUAUGCGGGAGCUCCUUUAGUCAUAAUUACAGUCUGACCAGGCACUUAAAGUACGAAUGUGGUCAGGAGCCACGGUUCAAGUGUCCCUACUGCGAUUUGCAUUACAAGCGCACUUCCAAUGUCACCCAACAUAUCAGGACUAGGCAUGUCAACUGCACCACUUAUGCCAUCGAUAUUAUUGAUAAUAAGAUUGUUGGAAUACACUUUACUGAAAAGAAGAAAUUUUGA